GAGAAAGACCAGACUCAGUGGAACCAGAGCCAGGGACGUCCAAACCCGCAAGACGACACCAGUACUCCUACUGUGGAAAGGGUUGUAACCGGUUAUGGGACCUGAAACAACAUGAAAAAAUUAACACAGGGGAGAAGCCUUAUCACUGCUCCCAGUGUGGCAAGUGUUUUAACCAGUUAGGGAACCUGAAACUACAUGAGAGAAUACACACAGGGGAGAAGCCUUACCACUGCUCCCAGUGUGGCAAGUGUUUUAACCAGCUAGGGAACCUGAAAAGGCAUGAGAGAAUACACACAGAGAAGCCUUACCACUGCUCCCAGUGUGGAAAGUGUUUCAACCAGUCAGUGGAGCUGAAACGGCAUGAGAAAAUACACACAAGGGAAAAGCCUUACCACUGCUCCCAUUGUGGAAAGAGUUUUAACCAUUUAUUUAACCUGAAAAGACACAAGAGAAUACACACGGAGAAGCCUUACCACUGCUCCCAGUGUGGAAACUGUUUCAACCAGUCAAGGAAGUUGAAACAGCAUGAGAGAAUACACACAGGGGAAAAGCGUUACCACUGCUCCCAGUGUGGGAAGAGUUUUAACCAUUUACCUAACCUGAAAAGACAUGAGAGAAUACACACGGAGAAGCCUUACCACUGCUCCCAGUGUGGCAAGUGUUUUAACCGGUUAGGGAGCCUGAAACUACAUGAGAGAAUACACACAGGGGAGAAGCAUUACCACUGCUCCCAGUGUGGCAAGUGUUUUAACCGGUUAGGGAACCUGAAACAGCAUGAGAGAAUACACACAGGGGAGAAGCCUUACCACUGCUCCCAGUGUGGAAAGUGUUUCAACCAGUUAGGGAACCUGAAACAACAUGAGAGAAUACACACAGAGCUAUCUCUAACAUCACUGACCAUGAGCUCUCUGAACUACUCCUCCCUUGCUAGUGAAGAGGAGGUCUGCUUUACGGAGAAAGAAUCUUUCAGAAUGAAAAAGGAGGAAGAGGAGGCUGUUAUAGUGAAAGAAGACAAAGAACCUUUUAGAGAGGAAGAGGAUGCUAUCUUAAUAAACGUGAAGGAGGAAGACGUUUUGAGAGUGAAAAAGGAGGAGACAGAAGAUCCGAUUGACACCAAAGAGAGACAUGACUAUGGUGGAUCCUCUGCGGAGCCUCAACAACAUCCUGAUGCUGACGAGGCAGAGAAGAGUCUCUCCAGAUCAGAACACCAGAUGGACAACGCUAGCCCUUCCAGCCUCCCGGAGUCCAUGUGUCGUGCCUCUCCCGGUAGCACCUUACUGCUGGGUAUGAAGAGGUUGUCUGUGCUGCUGGUGGACUGCAGGAAAACAACGGGGCUGAGUGGAACUGUGAGAGGAGAAGAGAAGAAAGGAUCAGAUUUGACACAUCAAAGAGAAAAACCAGAGCCAUGGACUUCCAAACCAGCAAGAAGACACCAGUGUUCCCACUGUGGAAAGGGUUGGAACCAGUUAAGUGAGCUUAAACGACAUGAGAGAAUACACACAGGGGAGAAGCUUUACCACUGUUCCCAGUGUGGAAAGGGUGUUAACGAUUUGGGGAAGCUGAAACGGCACGAGAGAAUACACACAGGGGAGAAGCCGUACCACUGCUCCCAGUGUGGAAAGGGUUUUAAUGAUUUGGGGAAUCUGAAACGACAUGAGAGAAUACACAAAGGGCAGAAGCCUUACCACUGCUCCCAGUGUGGAAAGGGUUGUAAAGAUUUGGGGAAGCUGCAACGACAUGAGAGCAUACACACAGGGGAGAAGCCUUACCACUGCUCCCAGUGUGGAAAGGGUUUUAAUGAUUUGGGGAAUCUGAAACGACAUGAGAGAAUGCACACCGGGGAGAAGCCUUACCACUGCUCCCAGUGUGGAAAGUUUUUCGCCUGGGCAUGGAAUCUGAAACAGCACGAGAGAAUACACACAGGGGAGAAGCCUUACCAAUGCUCCCAGUGUGGAAAGUUUUUCGUCUCGGCAAGGUAUCUGAAACAGCACGAGAGAAUACACACAGGGGAGAAGCCUUACCACUGCUCCCAGUGUGGCAAGUGUUUCAACGGGGCAGGGGAUCUGAAAAAACACCAGAUAAUACAUACAGGAGAGAAGCCUUACCACUGCUCCCACUGUGUCAAGUGUUUUAACCAGUUAGGGGCCCUGAAACAGCACGAGAGAAUACACACAGGGGAGAUGCAUUACCACUCCUCCCAGGAUGCGAAGCUUUUGCCCAUUUAGGAAGCCUGAAAGAACAUGAGACACAGAGGAGAAGGCUUACAAAAGCUUAGACUUUGGGAAAACAUAUUACUCAUAACAAUCAAUUAAACGUCAUUAGAGAAUCCACACAGGAGAGAGAAAUUACUUCUCUCAGCAUGUAUAUGUAACGAAGUUCGUCUGUUAUUUGAAGAGAGUCAGACCGAAAUGCAGCGUGUAGGUUACUCAUGACUUUUAAUGAAGAUAAUGCGGUACAUGAAAUAACUGAAAAUACAAAAACAACAAACGAGUGAAACUAAUUAC